AUGGAUUUAGACGAUGACGGGAGGUUAAAAAAUAUUUUUUGGGUAGAUCCACGUAGUCGGACAGCCUAUAAGUAUUUUGGUGAUGUCGUGACAUUUGACACCACAUACUUGACUAAUAGGUAUGGGAUGCCCUUUGCACCAUUUGUUGGUGUAAACCACCACGGGCAGUCGAUUCUUUUGGGAGCUGCGUUGAUUUCCAGUGAGGACACGGAGACAUUUAUAUGGCUUUUCCAAACCUGGUUGCAAUGUAUGGACGGAGUAGCUCCAAAGGUGAUUAUUACUGAUCAAGACAGAGCAAUGAAAAAUGCAAUUGCUAUUGUCUUUCCGGAAACUCGACAUAGAUUUUGCCUAUGGCAUAUACUGAAGAAGGCACCUGAGAAGCUUGGGGCAUAUGCUGCAUAUAAAAGUGGGUUGAAAACUGAGUUGAUGAAAUGUGUAUACGACACACAAACUAUUGAGGAGUUUGAAAAAUGUUGGUCCGUGUUUAUUAAUACAUACGACUUACAUGAGAAUGUGUGGUUGAAAAGUUUAUAUUUGGAGCGUGCGCAUUGGGUACCGGUUUUUCUAAAAGAGCAUUUUUGGGCGGGAAUGAGUACCACUCAGCGUAGCGAGAGUAUGAAUGCUUUCUUUGAUGGUUAUGUCCAUUCAAAGACAAACCUGAAAGAGUUUGUCGACCAGUUCAACAAUGCGCUAAAAAGGAAAAUUAAGAAUGAAAAUCAAGCAAAGUUUCUUUCCUUUAGUGGCACCAUUCCCUGCGUAUCUAGAUCGCCAAUUGAAAAGAAAUUUCAGGUGUUGUACACGAACGCAAAAUUUAAGGAAGUUCAACAGCAAGUUAUCAGUGUGCUUGAUUUGGAUCCAUUUUUAUAG